AUGCUGCAAUAAUGGGAAUGGUUUUAUUUCUAAAUCAAAUCAUUUAUUGCUUUGUUUCUAAAAAAAAUAAAAAUAAAAACAAAAACUUUUAUCUGCAGACCCCUACUUUAGAUUAAUUAGGAAACAUUCCCGCAGGUAGUCACAGAGCUUGAAUUGUAUGUAAAAGCUAAAGAAAAACUUGUAACUUUGAGUUAGUCUGGUGUGCUACUCCGACCUCCCUGUAAUCAGUUGCAGAAAUAAACUCCCUUCUUUCCCAGUCUGUCCGUAUCUCAUUAUUGGAUCACAAGAACAAGCAGCGGGACCAGUAACACUGUAAAAAUCAUCCAGUAACACUACAAGAAUACUGCUUCUACCAGAGGCCAGGACUUCCCUAGGAAGAUAAUCUGGAGUAGCUAGGAAAGCUGCCUCCAGAGCUCUGAGAACUGGCUCAGCAGGUCUCAGGGUUGUUAUGUGGGCCACCUGAAUAGAGGAAUCAGCAGCUGCCUGGCCUCUUUCACUACCGCCUUCCCUUCUGUCUUUCCCAGGGUCCCUCAACUACCCUAGAGUAUGUGUGGGAAAUGCCCCAUACAUUUCCAUCAAGAGUGAUUCCCAUCAGAACUGAAUCUUCUACCCCCACCCCUCUAUAUCCAGGUAGAAUCCUCCCGUUUAUUCAGUUAAUUUCUGUUUUCCCCUAGGCCUUGCUGUUUCAGGGCUAGAGCAGCUUGUUGUCUUAAAACUUAAAUGUCUUUUUUUCCAGUUCUUACCAGGAAACAGGCACAGUCAGAAGUUGUAACAGUAUAAAUGUAAUACCAGAAAUCUCAACUCAUUCCUCUCAACACUGGUCCCAAUCAAAAGAGAAAGAAAAAAAACAAAUCAACUUACCACUAGACAUUUCCAUGCCUGCAGCUAUUUUUCUGGGGUUACAGGAAAGGGUAGUUCCCUCAUGUACUAGUUCCCACAGAGUAGCACCAGCACCACCUCUCAGCCCCACCUCUUUACCUCCAGGUGGCCCCAAAUCUCCUCUGAAAGCGAGUGGUUCAAGUAUCAGCAUUGCAACCUGUAAGACUUGGGAUGGGGUGGAGAGGGUAUGGAAGGCUUAGAUCAAAUGUCCAGAGUGAGACAGGACCAGAUUGUCCCCAGUACAAAAUAGCUGGGAAGCAGCUACCAUAGACUUUCCUAUUUUGGAUUAGAGCAACCCCAAGCACAUGAACUAAGACUCUCCAUAGCUCUUGGAUUAGUCAUGCCAUUGAAGAGGAGGAGAAGACGCCACUGGGCUGUGCCUGGCAGGAGUCUGGAGUUUCUGGUUUCCAAGCUCAGGAAGGCGUGAACCAGGGGAGGGGCCUCCAUGCAGCAGGAGGGCUAGAAGCUGGAGCAGGAUCUGUCAGCUCUGCAAUGCUGCACAAGCAGAAGCAACACAGAAAGAAGAUACCAACAGCCUCCUGAAACUCACGAGAGUGGACACUCCAGUGUUGACCACCUAAGAUACCACGCCUGCUCCAAAGAUUGCAGCUCCCUUGUCAUUCUGACUUCUGGACUUACCCUACACCCCCGAGAUGGAGCAACUACUAGGAAUAAAACUUGGCUGCCUGUUUGCCCUGUUGGCUCUCACUCUGGGCUGUGGCCUUACUCCCAUCUGCUUCAAAUGGUUCCAGAUUGAUGCAGCCAGAGGUCAUCACCGGCGAGUCCUCAGACUCCUGGGCUGUAUUUCUGCUGGUGUUUUCCUGGGAGCAGGGUUCAUGCAUAUGACUGCUGAAGCCCUGGAGGAAAUUGAAUCACAGAUUCAGAAGUUCGUGGUGCAGAUCAACAAGUGAGAGAAAUUCUUCUGGUGAUGCUGAUUCGGCUCAUAUGGAGUAUCCUUAUGGAGAGCUCAUCAUCUCCCUGGGCUUCUUUUUUAUCUUCUUUUUGGAGUCGCUGGCAUUGCAGUGCUGUCCUGGGGCUGCUAGAGGAUCAACAGUGCAGGAGGAAGAAUGGGGUGGGGCUCAUAUCUUCGAACUCCACAGCCAUGGACAUUUACCCUCACCCUCAAAGAGUCCCCUCCGAGCCCUUGUCCUCUUGCUCUCACUCUCCUUUCAUUCAGUGUUUGAAGGGCUAGCUGUGGGGCUGCAGCCGACAGUAGCAGCUACCGUGCAGCUCUGCCUUGCUGUCCUGGCUCAUAAGGGGCUUGUGGUGUUUGGUGUAGGAAUGCGGCUAGUGCAGUUAGGUACCAGGUCACGAUGGGCAGUGUUCUCCAUACUAUUAUUAGCUCUCAUGUCCCCCCUGGGCCUAGCCGUGGGGCUGGCUGUGACUGAAAGGGACUCUGAAGGAGGGCGGGGCUUAGCCCAGGCUGUGUUAGAGGGUGUGGCAGCUGGCACCUUCCUGUAUGUCACCUUCCUAGAAAUUCUUCCACGGGAGCUAGCUAGUCCUGAGGCCCCUCUAGCUAAGUGGAGCUGUGUAGCCGCUGGUUUUGCCUUCAUGGCCUUUAUUGCCUUAUGGGCCUGAGAGAUUCCUAGCUUUUCUGAUGGACCUAUUUAGGAUGACCUCUCUAUCCCCAAGGAGACCUCCCAAAUGGCUUUGGCCCUUAGACAUUUCUUUACUGAGACUAAAUAGCAUUCAAUAGGACUGGACUGGACCCCAGGUUUCCUUUACAUGAGAUCCCAUUUCUCACCCAGGACUGAGAAAAAGAUAUUUAGGUUGAGCAGCUAUUAAUUGGAGAAUUGGUACAGAGAUGCUCCAGAUUUUAUUCUUGUCCCAUUUAUGCUACUGUGCGUAAUAAAAUGCCCAUUUUACCCUC